AUGUAUGCGUUUGCGUCGACGAAGAUUGCCUCCACAAGGCGUACGUGCAGGCCCGUCGUGGAUUUCAUGGUCAAGGUGCUCUAUGCCUCGUUUACAUUCCAGAUUUCUGAGCUGGUGACUCUUUAUCAGGGAUUGGAGGACCGGCCGGAUUUUGAAUAUGGUUUUGGAUUUUUGUUGUUUUGGUUUGAUGAUUUCCUGCGAGUGGUCGAGUGGGUGAUUGGGUUUUUGUUGUUUAAGUUUGAGGCGGAAACUGAUGAGAAAACAAAGCAACAAGUUCAGGAAUUGAAGAUGCUAAUGGCUCCAAGUGAAACGUCUCCACAAAAGCUAAAGUUGAUUGAUGCAAUUCAGCGCUUAGGCGUGUCUUACCAUUUUGAAACUGAGAUUCAAAAUUUUUUGGAACAACUGCACAAGACUCUUCAUGACUGUGAUCAUGACCAUGAAGAUGAUGAUGACCUUUACACUGUUGCUCUUCGGUUUCGAUUACUUAGACAACAUGGUUACUAUAUUUCGUGUGAUAUGUUCACCAAGUUCAGGGACAACAAUGGGAAUUUCAGGGAAUCACCUAUCAAUGAUCCACAAGGAAUGCUGAGCUUGUACGAAGCCACACAUCUCAGGGUGCAUGGGGAAGAUAUACUAGAUGAAGCUCUUGUCUUCAAUGCCACACAUCUUGAGUCAAUAGCAUCUCACUUAAGCCCUCCUCUUGCAGCACAAGUAAGCCAUGCCUUAAAGCAUCUCACUUAUGCCCUCGUUUGGACGACUUGCAGAAACUUUUCAAAUAGUGUCAACUUCUAA